AACUUACAGAGGGCCGCCGCGCAGUCCGUCCCGGUACCGCGCCCCACUCGCCGCAGCCGCGCCGCCCCCUCUCUUCUCCUCACCACGACCGCGGCUUCUUCGCGUCUCCUGCAGCCGCGCCGAGGCGACACCUCCUGGUUCGCGUCGGCCGACUGGAAGCUACCGCCCCCGAGGCCGAGCACGCCGGACCGCGGGACUGCUGCGGGGCGCCGCCGACCGCGCGCGGCUCUCCUCCCGCCUCGGGCGACGGCCCUCCGCCAGGGUAGGCUGACGCCCCUCCGCCAGGCUCGCCCGACCGCAGCAAGCCGCCGCCGCAUCAGUACUCCUCCAGGCCGUGAAAGUCGAAGACAAAUUUGUGGCUGAGGCUGAAGAAAAUCUGGAUGUGCUUGACUUGCAAGACUCGCUGUUUUUGAGAGGUGUCUGACAUAGACUAUCCAAAAUUCAGCGCCAGGGAUCAGGGAGUGACCUACCCCGGGGUGGGGAGUUCAUUCCUUUUCCAGUUACAAGGAGGGCAAACUCGUAUUCCAUCAUGAUGGAAGAGGACAUGGAAAAUGGAAGGUCGUAUCAGGAAAGACCAAGAACCUUUUCUACAGUACGAAGUAAAUCAUCUAUACCACUGGUCUUCCGCUUGUUGAUGAGGAUAAAUCCCCGUGCCUUGAUUAUUCUCUCUCUUUUGGUCUUCAGUGGUGUUCUAUAUGUGGGAGCCAGUACAUCGCCAAUUGUGGUCUUUGUAUUCUGCAUAUGUACUCUCAGUUUAUUCUUCUCUCUUUACCUCACAAAGUGGGUUCUUGCCAAGGACGAAGGACCUCCAGAAAUGUCUGAGAUAUCUGAUGCCAUAAGAGAUGGUGCUGAAGGAUUUUUUAGGACACAAUAUGGAACUAUUUCUAAAAUGGCAUGUAUUCUGGCCUUUGUCAUUCUUGGCAUUUAUCUCUUCCGCACUACCACCCCACAGCAGGAGGCAUCUGGAUUAGGAAGGGCAACAUCUGCAUAUAUUACAGUUGCUUCAUUUCUCCUUGGAGCUUUGUGUUCUGGAAUAGCUGGCUUUGUUGGGAUGUGGGUCUCUGUACGUGCAAAUGUUCGAGUUUCAAGUGCUGCUCGGCGCUCUGCGAGGGAAGCAUUGCAGAUUGCUGUCCGUGCUGGUGGUUUCUCAGCCAUUGUGGUUGUUUGCAUGGCUGUAUUUGGUGUGGCAAUACUGUACUCAACAUUUUAUGUUUGGCUUGGAGUAGAUUCACCAGGUUCCAUGAAGGUUACCGACUUGCCUCUUCUCCUUGUGGGAUAUGGAUUUGGUGCCUCCUUUGUUGCCCUGUUUGCUCAGUUGGGUGGUGGAAUAUACACCAAAGCUGCUGAUGUUGGAGCUGAUCUGGUUGGAAAAGUUGAGCAGGGAAUACCAGAAGAUGAUCCUCGCAAUCCUGCUGUCAUUGCUGACUUGGUUGGUGACAAUGUUGGAGACUGUGCGCGAGGUGCUGAUCUUUUUGAGAGCAUAGCAGCAGAAAUUAUAAGUGCAAUGAUACUUGGGGGAACAAUGGCACAGCGCUGCAAGAUUGAGGAUCCCUCUGGCUUUAUUCUGUUUCCUCUUGUUGUCCAUUCAUUCGAUUUGGUGGUGUCAUCAGUUGGAAUUCUCUCAAUCAGAGGGACACGCGACCCUGGUCUUAUCUCCCCUAUCGAAGAUCCCAUGUCAAUUAUGCAAAAAGGCUAUUCUGUUACUAUUAUGCUUGCUGUUCUUACAUUUGGAGUGUCUACUCGUUGGCUCCUGUAUACGGAACAAGCACCUUCAGCAUGGCUAAACUUUGCGCUGUGUGGCUUGGUGGGGAUCAUAACGGCAUAUGCUUUUGUUUGGAUAUCGAAGUAUUACACAGAUUAUAAAUAUGAGCCAGUCCGCCUUUUAGCUCUUUCAAGUUCUACCGGACAUGGAACUAAUAUUAUUGCUGGAGUAAGUUUGGGAAUGGAAUCAACAGCCCUUCCAGUUCUAGUGAUAAGUGUAGCCAUUAUAUCAGCAUAUUGGCUGGGGCAGACCUCUGGCUUGGUGGACGAGUCUGGUAACCCAACUGGUGGUCUUUUUGGGACAGCCGUAGCAACAAUGGGGAUGCUUAGCACAGCAGGGUAUGUUCUCACUAUGGACAUGUUUGGUCCUAUAGCUGACAACGCUGGUGGUAUUGUUGAGAUGAGCCAGCAGCCUGAAAGCGUGAGGGAAAUCACAGAUGUUCUUGAUGCUGUGGGCAACACAACGAAAGCUACUACAAAGGGAUUUGCCAUUGGGUCAGCGGCACUGGCUUCCUUCCUCCUUUUCAGUGCGUAUAUGGAUGAAGUAGCUUCUUUUGCUCAAUUGCCAUUCAAAGAGGUUGACAUAGCAGUCCCAGAGAUUUUUGUUGGUGGUUUAUUAGGCUCGAUGCUUAUAUUCCUGUUCAGUGGAUGGGCUUGUUCAGCAGUUGGCAGAACUGCACAGGAAGUUGUUAAUGAGGUCAGGAGACAAUUUAUUGAGAGGCCUGGUAUUAUGGACUACAAAGAGAAGCCUGAUUAUGGACGUUGUGUUGCAAUUGUUGCAUCUGCAUCCUUGAGAGAAAUGAUAAAACCUGGGGCUUUAGCAAUUAUAUCACCCAUGGCAGUUGGCAUUAUCUUCCGGAUUUUGGGCCACUCCACUGGCCAACCUCUUCUCGGAGCUAAAGUUGUGGCCUCAAUGCUUAUGUUCGCUACCGUUGCUGGUAUUCUCAUGGCACUCUUCCUGAACACUGCUGGGGGUGCUUGGGAUAACGCGAAGAAGUACAUCGAGACUGGUGUUCUUGGUGGCAAAGGCAGUGAGUCUCACAAGGCUGCGGUUACUGGUGACACGGUUGGUGACCCAUUUAAAGACACAGCGGGGCCUUCGCUUCAUGUUCUUAUCAAGAUGCUUGCCACCAUCACAUUGGUCAUGGCGCCGAUAUUUUUGUGAUUAACCAACCAACCACUCAUCAAGCUUACCCCCAGAGAUGUAUUUACCGGACUCAUUUAGCAUCACUAAGAGAAUCAGUGCCGCCCUCCUGAUAUUUCACGGUAAUAUUGUACUGGAUGGUGCAAACGUCGGAGAAUGCAUAUACUUGUGACGGAGAUAACAGAGUUAAUCGCCUAGUGUCUUGUGUUUGACGUUGGAGAAUACUUAUAUUUGUGACGGAGAUUACGGAACUAGUCGCCCGAAUGCCUUGUGUUUGUUUACUGGAACAUUUUGGUAGCGUUCAUUAUGCCAAAUGCAACAUCCGUUGCGCUA